GUGUACCCGUUGCGUGUGUGUGCGGUGGUGACCUUGCAGCGCCCACCCAGAAUCGUGAGACGGGACGUCUGACAGGUAUCAUCAUGGCAGGUGCGACCUAAGGUGAGCCCAAGGAGCCGCGCGGUGUCUUCAAGUCGUCUUCACCUGGAGAAAUAAGAAAAGCCCGCCAUGUCGUCGAUCGUGGAGUACUACCACGGGAAGACGGUCCUGGUGACCGGCGCGACCGGCUUCAUGGGCAAGGUUCUGGUGGAGAAACUUCUCCGAGCCUGUCCUGACGUGGACACCUUAUACCUGAUGGUGCGACACAAGGCUGGGCAGACUCCAGCACAGAGGAUCAACAGCAUUGUGGAGGGAAAGUUAUUUGACCAGCUGAGGCUUCUACAGCCGGACUUCCAGGCCAAGCUUCGACCAAUCACGAGCGACCUGCUGGAGCCGGACCUGGGGCUCAGCCAAUCAGACGAGGAGCUGCUGGUGUCAAAGGUCAACAUCGUCUUCCAUUCCGCAGCCAUGGUGAAGUUUCAGGAGCACCUCAAGUAAGGCAUCUGGACUGGUCCAUGUUAGAUAUUCAA